AUGGUCCACAGGCUGCAACGCCUCCCAGGACACAACACCAUAGACACUUGCAUCCAAUCAUAUACUAAUCAAAAUAACAAACCCAUGCACACCAAUCAUAUCUUCCAAUCACAUCAUUCUCAGAUUUAUAUCUCAUCCAUAUACCCCAUCAUGAAUGCACAUGCUCAGCAGCCACAUCCCUCAGACCUGAAUACUCACACUAACACCCCAGGAGUACACUCGACAUCCUUCCUAAGCCAGUAUGCCCCAUUCAUCUCCAUACUGCUCCCAACAGUCUCCUACAUUCUAUUCAAGCAUGACUUCAAAAGCAGUAUACUCAUAAGACUCAUCACAAUACUCCUCCCCUGCUUAUACAACUCAAUCCAGCACCUACUCCUCUUCCAUAGCAUCCUCUCAACUGAAACACAGCACAUACUCCACUCAAUCUUCAAACUCAUCAUAGCCUCCAUCCUUCUUUUUCUCUCUUUAACCCCACUGAUUCAAAUCCUCCUAAUCUCCUUCGGCAAGUCCAUAGGCUACCCCCACUUCUUCCUCAUCCUCCCCUCCCUCCUGGUCCUUCCCCCCUACCUACUAUCCACAACACUAGAAUCCAAGCAUCCCCUCAACCCUGCAAUAUCCCUCCUUGCCCUCAUAACCAUAUACUCAUACUACAAUCAACAAGCCUACUACCCAUACAUCGCCGCAACAUCCCCCAUCCUCAUUCUUGCCGCAUCAUGCAAGCAUACAUCCAGCCAGCACAAGCACACAGAUCUCUCUAAAACAGUCCUCUUCCUCCUCGUAUCCGCCGCCGCAUGCAUCAUCAUCUUCAAAGACUCCCUUCACCAACUACAAACCCGUCUAAGCAGCAACUCAGACUACAGAAAUAUACAAGAAAACUACAUCCAGCCAUUCCUAAGACUUACUGCAGAAAUAUUCUAA